AAGAAGACGAAGACGAGGAGGAUUCGGUACCAGUACUAACUAUGAGAGACCUCCAUAGGCAGAUGGCCAGCUUAGUUGACCAAGUCCACCGACUGACCCAAGAAAACGCCGAGCUGCGGAGUAACGUAGUUCUUACUACCGAAUCCCCACCAAUAUCGGCCGAACUACCUUCCCGCCAAUUACCAAGGAAAGAUCCCACCUUUCCCUAGUGGCAAGCCGAAGUGGAAGACCGACUUGACCUAAACUCGGACCACUUCCCUACGGAACGCCACCGGAUGGCCAUAGUAUAUAGCCACACGUCGGGUGAUGCUAAGGGAUACCUCGAACCUAAGUACCUAUCAAAGACGGAAGGGUACCAGUUCAAGAAUGCGGAGGAAAUGAUCGA